AUGAGCCAUGGGACCUUGGCGGACAUCGAGAUCCAGCUGGCGUCUUUUGAAGAGGCCAAACACAUUCCCAGCAAAGGGGACUGUGCCAAAGUGAUCCGUGAUGUCUACGCCGAGAGGUACUUGGAGCAACUUGGCAUCGACAGCAGUCACUGGGCCAAGCAACAAGUCCUGCGGCGUGCGCCGUUGGACGAAUGCCAAAUCGAGGCUGCCUGGGGCAACAAGCGCUCGCUCAUGGCGGACCGGCUCCGGAUUCGUCAGCCAGCGCUGUUCACAGAGCACAAGGAGGAAGUGGAAGAGGAGGAGACGAGUGUUGAGACCGAAGGCCGAGUCUCCCAGUCUCGUGUGGGCUUCACAGGCUACAUCAAGCCGUUGCUGGAUUUCAAGCUGCCGUACCAAGUUCCGACAGAGAAAGAACCCUCGACCAAGCGGGAACUGCCCUUUCUUGGAGGAGGUGCUACGGCAUGGCUGCCCACCAACGAUACUGAUGUGGAAUUGACCCACCAGUUGGAGCGGCAACGGAUGCAGGCACGGAAUAAAGCCCAUGGCUCCAAGACCAGUGCUGAGAACAAUCCCUUGCUGGUCAUGAGUGAGACGAAGCUUCAAGACGUGAAGAGAAAGUUCCUUUUGCCUUUUGCCGCCGAGCAGCCCGUGAGUGGCAGCAUGACAGAGACCGAGAUACGGCCCUGGCUCUUGAGAGAGACCAUGCACUCGAGGCUCCCUCUGGAGUUGCUGACUCGGCGGCCAAAGCCACAGAUCUUGCGGGCCUUGCGUGUGCGCAUUCUGUGUGCCGAUCAAGUGCGAUUGGUCGGGUUGCUCUCACACUGGCUCUACUGGAAACUGCUGGGUCACCUCCAUGAGCCAUUUUCGCAGCUUCCAGAGACAAAGAUGGAGGCGCUAGUGAUCAGCGUCCAGGAGGUCUGGGCAGCCUUGAUCCUGCCAUUUCAAGAGACCCCUGUGGGGGUUGGCUUUGCCGUCCCGGCGCUUCUCCUGGCCACGAAGAUGCUGGUUGAAGAGAUCUUCAAGAAGCAGUACCCAGAUGUGUUUCGACCGGCCCCUUCCCAGCAGCACCUUUGGGAGGAGAUCAACAUCAUGUGCAUGAAGCACCUGGACUCUGACUGCACCUUUGCCCACUUCGCUGCCUUGGACCUUCAAGUGGAAGGCAGCAAACUUUGGCGAAAGCUGCAGGCCUCGCUUGAGACCAAGCAGAGCUCAGUGGCUCGAGCACAGGCCAAAGCAUGUCGGACCUCUGCUUUGUUGUUGCGUGCCUUGUCUGGUGGCUCCGGCUGCGCUGAUUCUCGCACCCGGAGGUUUCUGGCGAAGGGUGCAAGUGAAAGAGGUGAGUUGGUGGAGCCAGGAACCAAAGAGAACAGUAAAGAGGAAGCCUUGCGACGGGCCCAACACGAGAGGUGGCGCUCAAGGGCCUUGCUCCGACAGGCAUCCGUUGCUCGUCCAGCUUCUGCAGAGGAAAUUUUAGUAAGCAACUGA